AAAGUGAAAGGAAAGGAAAGGGGGGGAAGAACUGCGGUCAUUACGAGCAUUGGACCAAAAGUGGAAGUGCAACAGCACAUACUACUACAUGCCACAAAGCCCCAGAAGGGAAGGUUCGUUGAAGAAUUUUGAUUGAUUCCAGGUAUCACAAGUAUUCCAAGUACUCCAAGUACAGCCAAAGUACUGACGCUACCGGGGAAACUUCCAAGCAGCGUACGGCCCCGAAUUUUAUAAGGUCCCGGUCCCGGUUUAUACUUGGGUACUUUCCGGAAACAACCAGUACAUCGACAAUAGCGCGUCGCAACUGGCAAGAUGGAGUUCGCAUACAGUUUGGCGAUGUACUCACCCCCUGUAAGGGUCAGACCAGCAAACGCUAGAAGAACGAGUUCUUCCAACACCAACUCUUACACUUUCGUCCACGGGGCCAAUCAGCAGGACGGAAAUAAUCACAACCAAAACCAAAAGACCGAAGAUGGUUUGGAAGAAAAAGUAAAAGAGAAGGAUAAAAAUCAAGAUAAUAGGAAUAGUAUCGAGGAAAUCGAAAAUAAUAAUCAGCCGCCGCAGCAGCAGCAAAAACAACAGCAAUCGCAACAAACCCCGAAUAAAAAAUCGAAAAGGAAAAAGAGCAUCGACACAAGUUCGAUUAGGUCAAGGAUCCCUGGCAGACGUCGGCCUCCGCCCGCCGGAAGCCUUCCGCAACCUGUCGCUCACAGGCCGGCGUCGCAUCAUUCCCACUCGAGAACUUCCUCCUCCUUUAGCGUCAGCACCCGAACGUCGCACGAAACACAAGCAGCAGCUCGAGCACAAUUACACCAAGUACAGCAGCAAGCAAAGUUGCUGUCACAAGCACAGGCACAAACACCAGCACAGGCAUUCGCACAAGCGCAAACACAAUCUACACAAACACAAACAUAUCCAAAUUCCUGUUCACCAUGCCCACAAACAUCUACCUUACAUGAACAUAUAUCGGCAAAACAACACUCGCACAGAUCUGACCCCACUCAUGCUGCAUCUGCCAGUAUCACGAGUGGCACCCUCAUCUCCUCGUCACCGCCUGAUAUCGAAAAUUCAGGCGAAAACUCAGGCAUCGGUUUAGCCAUAGCCAUAGAGCAUACCUCACCAUCAGGUUCCAAGCCAUAUGGUGGAAUAGGCGCAAGCGCCCUAACCACCUCUACUGCCUCUUCUGAGCCUAUAUUCAAUACCAAUAUCAAUACCAAUACCAAUACCAAAAUCAGUAACGAUAACGACGGUAGUGACACAAACACUACCACACAAACCCGCAUUCUGGACUCGACCGUUGCAUCGACAUCUGCACCCGCGCCGCCGCCACUACCCGUCACUUCAGCCUCAACCUCGACUCCGAUCGCGUCACCUUCUCCAUCCGCAUCUACUGCGUCCAACGUAUCCGAUUCUGAACGGCCCGCCUCCUCGCCAAAGUCUUCCAGGUUCAUAAGAUCCGUGCACAUACCCAUCUUCAGCACCGACAGUGGGUAUCAUCAUCAGCAACCCCUUACCGCCUCCCACCCACCCGCGAACAGGCUACAGAAGCGUGAUUCUCUCCACUACAGGUCGUCAAUUAUUCCCAGACGUCCGCACUCUCCGACUUCACCUUUAAUACAAGCUGUUGCGGGCCUAUCUUCGCCCAUCCGUCGAAGAACAUCCAGGGGUAAACACCAUGAUGACGCAAUGCCCCCCGAGCCUAGCCAAUUCGUCUCUCCUCAAAAGUACAUCCCCACCUCCUCCUACCGUGCUGGGAGCAUAUCCCAUCCUUCGGGUCUAUCUGGCCGACCUGGAAUCAUGACUUCCAACGACAAUUUUAUGAAUUCCUCGACCGAGGGGAGCGUGGCCCCGUCCAACUCCUCGAUAUCCACCAAACCCUCGUCUACUGUUGUUACCAAACCCUUCAUCAUUCGUAACAAUCGUACUUAUAUCAACGAGCCCACACUACUAUACCCCUUACCUGUGGACUUAGCAGAGCUCCAUCGCCAGUCUUUGCGUACUCUUAUGCUCUUCCAGUUGUUUGGUGGUCCGACAACAGCCCCCGAAUUCUCCAAUAAGCCGCCGACGAGCGUCCUCGAAGUAGGAUGUGGUGCUGCGUUUUGGAGUAUGAUGUGCCAUCGGUACUUCGCCCAGCACGGCCAUUCAUCCAUAUCAUUUACUGGUAUGGAUAUCGUUCCCCUAGUUGGCUCGGGACUCGAUCAGAACUGGAAACCUGAUAAGGAUAUGAAAUGGCGGUUCGUCCAACAUGAUAUGCGGCGGACACCGUGGCCUAUACCCGACAACGAGUUCGAUUUGAUCAUGGUCAAAGAUAUGACGAUGUGUCUUUCGACCUUCAUGCGCGAUCCGCAGAUACUAUUCGAAGAGUACCUACGCAUGUUGAAACCGGGCGGCGUGCUGGAAUUCUGGGAGAGCGAUCAUAGCGUGCGCAUGCUGCGGCCACAUGUCCUCAAGGCGCCCGUCGUGUCGAAAGCCAGUUCUGAUUCGGAUUCCAGCAGCGAAGAAGAAGAUGAGACGGAGAGGUUAGGGGCAUAUAUCAUGACAAACAACACGCCGCUCAGUGCACCGCUGAACCCAUAUCUAGUCGAGUAUAACGGUUGGGUCACUAAAGGACUAGAUGCGCUAGGAGUGUCCGCCGUUCCCUGCACGUUGAUCGGACCAUACCUUCUACAGGAGGCGGAAAGUCUGAUGGAACUGCGAUCAAAGCGACUAGCAGUUCCGCUAAGCGAGAUCAGAUGGGAGCGUGAAGGGGUCGGUGGUGUCGUGACAAAAGAUGGCAAGAGCUAUAUCGACUCGAUGAAAAGAAAAGGCAAAGGGACGGACGCGAAAGGUGGGGGCAAGGGUCUGACCGCCUCUCAGGCCGCCCUCAGACGGACCGCGCUGGAGACGGUCGUAGGAUUGAUCCUCGCCUUGGAGCCAGUUCUUCGGGAGGUUAGUGGGAAAAGCCAGGACGAAUGGGAUGGGUGGAGCGGCAAAAUGAUGAACGAUCUACUGCGCGAAGGCGGCACCAGCUGGGGGGAGUGCUUGGAAGUCGGAGCGUGGAGCGCUAGAAAGAAGCUCCAGGGCUAAACAGCUCGACAUCGUGAUAUGGGGUCUACCUGGUCUCCGUUUGUGGCCGGCUAGGCAUUCCGUGUCUAAUGUUUAUUCGGCAUGUCUAAGACAUGUAUCUGGUCUACUCCACCGCUCUAAACCUGCCGACAUCCUUGGGGGCGCACUCCCACCAACCCGGUCCAGUUCCUAUCUCAAUCCAAAAUCCCGGUCCUAGCCAAUUUCCCCCCUCAAGCCCCGUCGUACCUUUUCCUAAGUGUGCGAUACCUUUUCAGGUAGUACCUAUACGCGCCACACGUCAACACCGCAACCAACAGACGCUUCAAAUUUUCGCAUUUACGUUAAGUCGGACCAGAUGGGAAAGGCCACAACGUUCUCACUCGAAAGGUAAGGUGAAGAGAAUCUG